AUGACCGGCAUGGUUCAGACUGACCUAGCUCAUCCACCUGCACCAAAGUACAAGGACGAGCCAGUGGAAGAUCCUCAUCGCCAUCCCGGCCCGCAACCGCCUCAUCUUCACCAUCCUCGACCAACUCUUCUGGUCCAGCCACAGAAACAACCAGAAUCACCACAUCAGCCUUCAACUACCCUACCAUCUGGUUCAUACGCACAUCACGCCUUAGGCAACGGAGUCAUACAUCUUCAGCACUCCUACGGCCCGCCAUCAGAGCAUUCGUACUAUUCAUCUCAUUCCUCGUAUAGUACCGCAAGCGCACCCAGUCAGUACUCAUCAAGUGGACCGCCAGAAAUGAUGGCUACAGCAACGCAAAUGCAGCGGCCGUAUCCUCCAAUUUAUCACACGCCCCAAUCCAGCUCGCCUGCUUCAGUAGCUUCCCAAACACAGGAACAGCAUAAUCGCGGCAUAUAUACACAGUCGCCCCAAAUGACCUCGCAAAUGUAUGGUUAUCCGCCAUACUCACCCAUGAAUCCUGUACAGCCUCCACCCUAUGGACCGAAUACAUCUCCCCAACAGCAUCCUCUUACGACACAGCCACUAAUGGUGCCCCAUCCGACAAGCACUGCGCAGUUACCGCAUCACCCGGCUCAGGCUCCAACAGGGAACUUGUCAAGUAGUCCAAACUCAGCUGCGGCACAACAGCCAACGCCCCCUCAGAGAACGAUGCUAAACCCCCCUCACUCAGCAGCUAGUGGUGCACCUUUGUCAGCCAGUGCUGUUCACCAUCAAAACUCUAAUGUCGGGGCCAGCUCUAGUGCGGCACCAGGACCAAUCCCUGCCACAACCCCCCUGGUUGUCCGACAAGAUAGCAAUGGUGUCCAGUGGAUCGCGUUUGAGUACUCCCGGGAUCGUGUAAAGAUGGAGUAUACAAUCCGCUGCGACGUUGAGUCGGUUAAUGUGGAUAAUUUAAGCCAGGAGUUCAAGACUGAGAACUGCGUUUACCCUCGAGCCUGCUGCAGCAAGGACCAGUACAGAGGCAAUCGACUGGUCUACGAAACUGAAUGUAAUGCUGUUGGAUGGGCCUUGGCGGAGCUGAACCCGGCACUGAGAGGCAAGCGUGGGCUGAUUCAGCGGGCAGUGGAUAGCUGGAGGAAUAGCAACCAGGACCCUCGACUUCGAAGCCGGCGUGUGAGGAGAAUGGCCAAGAUUAACAAGCGGCAGGGGAUGCCUGUGCCUCCGCCUCACAUGGCGUCCUCCACCCCUGUUGGCCCUGGGGUGCCAAGUGCUAGUAUGCCCGCCCCCGGUCCUCGUCCCAGCCUGGGGCCAUUGCCCAUGGGCCCCCCUCAGCUACAUCACCACCAUGCCCAGCCAGAUGGAAGUGCAGGCCACGAAGAAGCUAGCGGUACCACUGACUAUACGAACGGUACCAGUCGUCCACCUGUCUCGGAUGGUCUGCAACCCGGACCAUCACCAACGGACAUCCGCACCGCGCAGGUGUUCCAUGGCUAUCCUUCCUAUCCGACCCCCGCGACGGCCUCAGGGGGACCAAGGGGUCCCUCGAUACCACCACUACUCCGAGAUAGUGGCCUCGGGUCUCUCGGGCGCCACCCGACCAUUGCGACCUCCUCGAACCGGAUCGAAGAAGUGGACGAUGACGAUGACGAGCGCAACCCAAGCAGCGAUGCGCUCUUUGGCACACUGCCCGAGGGCAAACGCCGCAAGUUCAUCCUCGUGGACGAUAACCAGCGGGGUUGUCGCGUGCGAGUCAAGGUCAUGCUGGACCAGGUUGAUAUGGACGAGCUUCCAGACUCCUACAGGAUGUCUAAUGCGGUAUACCCCCGGACAUACUUUCCUGUUCAGAUGAGGGACCCGGGUCGAGUCGUCCCUGGGAAUCGAUAUAUUAAGGACCACGUUGGGGUGGAUGAGGAAGAUGCCGAUGAUGAUGACAGCCCGACCGUUGGAAGGAUCAUGGUUCCUGCACCACAAAUUGAUGGUGAGGGAGAGAUCGCGGUUCCCCGGCUGUCCCGAGGACGACGGAGAAGAGAGGUACUCUUGAAUGACCUCGGCUAUCGAAUGAGUUGGAGUCAAAGUCGAGUGUUUGCCGGGCGAAUGCUGUUCCUGCAGCGAUCUCUUGACGCGUACCGAAAUAAGAUGCGCAGCACGAUGCUGGCGGCCGGCCAGGAACCGACAUCCAUUCCCCGGCAUUUCGAGACGCGGGCGGGCAAACGACGAUUCCUCGAGCGUAAGCGACGGGCGGCGGGGGGCCCGACUCGGGGUGCCGGUGCUCAUGGGGUGUCUGCCUCGCAGCGCAGUGCUGAAGAGGUCGAGGCUUGA